CUUGUUGGGAGCAGGAGCGGCCCAAUGGGUGGGUGUGUUGCUGCGCUGCGGGGCUGGCAGCGGCUGGAGGUGGCCGCGGAGGAGAAGGGGGAGAAGUGGGGAAACAUCUGAAACCCUGGAACUGCACUGAAAGGUAUGAACUACUAUCAGGAAGUGAGGCUGGAGGCUUCCCCAGCUGACUCCUGGUGAAGGACACCUCUGCCAUAGGAAUGAUCACAAAACAGGGCAGUACUUAAAGGCUUGACAAAUGCAUCCCAGGUUGAAAAACUGCUGCAUUCCUCCUCCUCCUCUUCCUCCAUUAGAAAAUUGAUUCUUGAAAGAGGUAAGAGAGAAGCAAAAGAAGUGAGAAAAUGCUGGGAUCAGAACGAGGUGUUGUGGAAGAAUGGCUGUCAGAAUUCAAGGCAUUACCUGAAACACAAAUUUCCAGCUAUGCAGCUACCUUGCACCGAAAAAAACCACUGGUACCAGCUCUUUAUAAGGUCAUUCAAGACCCAAAUAAUGAGCUCCUGGAGCCUGUUUGCCACCAGCUCUUUGAACUUUAUCGUAGUUCUGAAGUUCGGCUCAAGAGAUUCACGCUGCAGUUUUUGCCGGAGUUGAUCUGGGUAUAUCUACGUCUUACUGCCAGCAGAGACAGGCAGAGCAAUGGUUGCAUUGAAGCAUUGCUGCUUGGCAUUUACAACUUGGAAAUUGCUGACAAAGAUGGAAACAACAAAGUUUUGUCUUUCACCAUCCCUUCAUUAUCUAAACCCUCAAUAUAUCAUGAGCCCUCCACUAUUGGAUCCAUGGCUUUAACAGAAGGAGCUCUAUGUCAGCAUGAUCUCAUCAGGGUAGUUUAUAGUGAUCUUCAUCCUCAAAGAGAAACCUUCACAGCACAGAACAGGUUUGAGGUGCUGAGCUUUCUUAUGCUGUGCUACAAUUCUGCUAUUGUCUAUAUGCCUGCCUCUUCUUACCAGUCACUUUGUAGGAUGGGUUCCAGGCUGUGUGUGAGUGGAUUUCCACGGCAGCAUGAGAAACGCUGGAAAGAGCCCUGUGGUAGGGUGGUGUUAGACCCUGACUUCAUGGUACAGCUGCUCACAGGUGUCUAUUAUGCCAUAUACAAUGGUCAGUGGGAUCUUGGCCAGGAAGUAUUGGAAGACAUAAUUUAUAGAGCACAGCUUGAACUCUACUCACAGCCUCUGCUGGUUGCAAAUGCCAUGAAGAACUCGCUGCCCUUUGAUGCUCCUGACGCAUCCCAGGACGGCCAGAAGGUACUGAAAGUAGAAGUUACCCCGACAGUGCCGAGGAUUUCCCGGACUGCCAUUACAACAGCUUCUAUCCGUCGACACCGCUGGAGGAGGGAAGAUGGCUUUGACUUCUCAAACGAGGCUGACUCAAGCAUACCUGGCUCACCGAUCCAACACGGCUCCACAGACCUAGGGAUCAAACGUGAGCAAGAGGGGGAGGUGCUGAUGCGCAAGACCCCUGAGCAUGGCUUCCUGGAGCCCACCUUGGCAGCAGCCACAACAGAGGAUACUGAAGGUGUAAAUGGAAGAGAGGAAUCUCUGAACCUUAAUGAUGCUGAUGAAGGAUUUUCAUCAGGAGCUUCCCUCAGCAGCCAGCCAGUUGGGACCAAACCUCUAUCAUCUGUAUCCCAGAAAGGCAGCUUAAGGAAAGCAGCAAGUGGGCGUUCUGCAAAGGAUAAAGAAACCUCUUCUGCAGUAAUAUCUAAUGAGAGCCCUCGAGAUUCUGUAGCUUGGAAGCAGUACGUGCACCAAUCCACUGAUCUUGACACAGAUGUAAUUGAGAUGACACCUACUAAGAAGCACCUAGGCCUGCCUGCUGGGCAGGUGGUGGCAAAAGCCAACAGUUUGAGCCUGAUCAGGACCGCCAGUGCUUCCUCCAGUAAAUCAUUUGACUAUGUGAAUGGCAGUCAAGCAGGCUCCAGUGUUGGAGCUGGUACAGAGAGUGUUACCAAUCUAGCAAGUGGCAACACCAAUCGAUUUUCGACUAUCAGCCUACAAGAGGACCGACUAGGCCAAGGUGGGGAAGGUAAAGAUCUCCUUUCUCCAGGAGCUCCCCUAACCAAGCAGUCUCGAUCUCCAAGUUUCAAUAUGCAGCUGAUAUCGCAGGUGUAAAUUUUACUCCCUUCCUUAGGACUCCAUCUUUCCCCUUAAUUCCCAGGCAAGUUCACCCUUGGGCAAAACAUGAACCAUCAUCCCACAGUGUGAAAAUACUGACUGUUGUGAUCUUGUUUGAUUUGGUUUAGCUAUCAUACUGUAUUACUGAAACAGCAAUAAUUCUUCCCUCACCUUCAUCCUCUCCCCCACCUUGUAAACAUGGUUGUGAAGCAGUAUAUAAUGUACUGUAUGCCUUUUUCCAUGCCUUCCUUCCUCCUUGGGUGAUGUGCAAUCCAUCGUAGGCUGAUCAGUCCCAUUUCAACACUGUGAGACUGGAGACACUGGCAGAAAUGGUGAAUGUGAUCCCUAUGAGAUGAUGCUUUGGCUUUGUUAAGAAAUAGAAACGGGUUUGUUUUCUCGGUCUACAGUACUGCAAAGACUACUGGAUCAUGACUUUUCUUUCUCAGAACCAGGAGUGCCUCAGAGAUUCUAGCGUGACUUUGGACCUCUCUGAGUCUGUGCAAUUAAUUCUGGGGAGGGGAUGGUCAUUGCUGCUCCUGGCUGCCUACAGCACUUUUUCAUUAAAAAGAGGGUAGUUUUUUCUUGCCUGCCCCCGGUCUCUCAUCCCAGAAGCUUUUGAUGUUCAGCAACUGAGACAUGCAUAUUAUCAAGUUGUUUUACCUCAGAGAGAGGAUUCUAAGUAGAUAAUGUCGGUUACAAUGCACUUCUAAUGGCGUUGUAGCCAUAUGUGAUGUUACAUGUCUUCUCCUCUAGGACACAGGGUCAUUCUGCAUAUAGACUAAUGUAGACACCUGUCGCGGGCCGUUCCCCACAACACCACUGUGCUGUUAAAGCAAUUUGCUUUGUAAGUGGGAGAGGAACACUACUUUCCCAGGAACUAAUGGCUAGCUCUGCUCCGUUUUUUGUUGUUGUUCUUGUGAGGUGCUGAUCAUUGAAUGGAAAGGCAUAUUCGGGUAAAGAGUAUUUCUCAGGCUGCUUUCUAUGGUAACAUGGCUGUUGGACGCCCCGUGCCCCUCUCAGCUGCUUUCUCAUUGUCCCUAAAUUCAAUCAUGGAUUCAUUUGAAGAAUCCUGCAGUCUGGACAGACCAUACUCUUAAGGGGCUGUCUCAGGGAUAGAGACAAUAUUUUGUUAGAAAUAUUGAAGCUUCAAUGUGAAAUGCUUUUCUAGAAACACCAUUUGUGUAAUGGGGUACUGACAGUCCUUUUUUCCCAGAAGGAUCAUUGCCUUGGUGUAUAUAACCCAUUGAGGUUUCUUUAACUUAUUUUAGUGGGUUGGCCCUGCUAUAGAAAAUUCAGAACUCAUGCCAUUGAAUGUAUAUCCUUGGUGUGGGUGCACUGGCUGGUACUUAUGCUAGAGAGCACUGCUUAGAAGCACAUUUCUGGUUACACAAGAGAAUGUUUGUAUUUUUCCAUCUCUCUAUCUCUUGGAUUGUUAGAGGGAAAAGGGGGAAAGUUCAUCCUCUAUGCUUAAGUCAUGUAUGGUAUCCUGGAAGUUUACAAAUUGUAAACCCACAGGAAAGAGUUACAAACUUUAUGUGGGCGCUUUCGUUUCUCUGUAACUGUGAAGGAAAAAUAUAAGCAGUUAAUAAAUAGCAGACUAUCUUGUAAUGAUAGUCUUUAAGAAAUUCAGGACCAUGACAUGGUGUUGCAUUUCUCGUAGUUGGUUUUGUUUUGUUUGUUUUUGUUUUGCUUUUAAAUCUCUUUGUUUCAAAUAUGACCUCUUUCAAAUUUACAUUAAAAUUAUUUAAAAUAUUUGAAGGGUUUUUUGUAGUUUGAUGAGUCAGUUUGCUGUUCUAGUCUUUGUAUCUUACAUUUUGUAAAGUGAAUUAAUCGGCUUCAGGACUGAUGCAGAAAUUUGGUUAAAGAGUAAAUAGAAUCAUCAGGAAGAAAGAAAACCUUACAGUUUCUAAAUUGAAGUUAAUCUCUAAGGACCAUCAGUCACAUACAGGUAGAACUAAGACAAAGCUGAGGUUAAGCUACAAGGUAUUUUCUGUAAAAAUGCCAAAAGCUGUAUAUGGUUAAACUUUAUAAAAUAAAGUUUUGCUAGUGGAGUCAAUUGGUAAGUGAUAGCUGAAAGUAUGCAGUGUAUGUUUUCAUGGUAGAAACCGUGAAAAAGGAAAUUCUAUUGAAGAACCAUCACUGAAUUGAAAAGGACCAAAUAAUAUGCUUGAAUCUUUGGGAAACAAAAGGUCAGGAGUGUCAGCUGUUGGUUUUUUUUUUAAUAAUUGCUUAAUUUUAGUAUUUUAAAAAGUAGAAUUGUUCAUUAGCAAGGUCCUCUACUUUCUACAUUUGGCAUUAUAAGCAGUUAUCCAGAAGUUUCAGGACAUGUAAAUUGGCAUCAGGCCAAAUUUUAAAAUUUCCUCUAAAAAUUAUUUUAAAAACUCUUAUGUGUGGACUCCUGCACUAUUAAACUAUUUCAGGAAAGAUGGGGAAGUCAAAUGUAUGUGCAUAAAUUCAAAUUUGUUAAAACUUCAGUCAAACUACCUUUUAAGAUACUUUUAUGGUUCUCAUUUUGAAGAUGUGCCUUUUGUUAUAAUUUCAUCAAUCGUAUUUUGAUUUUUCUUGUGUAUAUAUACUUACCCCAUGGAAGGCUUUUUAAAGAGUUCAAAUGUAUCCCUUUUAAGGAGUAUUUUUUGCUAGGUGCUGAUGUGGUACAUCUGUAACUUCUCAAAAUUACCCUUUUAGUGCGAUGUUUCAGUUGUGGGAGCUUAUUUUGUCAUUUUUCAGACAAGCACUGUUCAAGAUCUAUCUUACGAAAUGAGUCAUCACUAGUGUCUCCAAACCAGCUGUAGUAACAGGCUUUGCCAGUGCUGUGUAUCAUGAUUACCAUUAAUGCUUCUAGAUGUGUCUCAAACUGUGCCAAGGUGUGUUAAGAUCGUAGCGAGGCUUCGUACACCGAAGUUCAGUACUUCAGUCCACUCCACUUCAAAGUACCGUGGCAGAAACAGAAGUGUCUGGGGUAUGAGUUGAGGGAAUUACUGCUGUCUUUCUCAACAUAUAUGCGAAGUACUAAAUGAAGUACAAAAAAUACUUAAAGUUUCUGACACCUUUGGCAAAUAUUUAGACUUAAAUCUCUUUACCCUGAAGUCACUCUGCUGUGUCUUGUUUUAGAACAUUUGGUACUUUACCUGAAGCACUAAAUUUAGAUUUCUGCAGUAUUUCAUUGCAACUGCAGCAUUAUAAAAGAAGGUCAAAAAGCAGAACACUGUUUUUUUAAAUUUUUCCCCCCCCCUGUGUAUGUGCACAUCUAGACACAUACAUGUGCUUCUUAGGUGAGGAAGUGUGGGUACUACAUUUUGAUGUGUGUGUGUGUGUAUAUAUAUAUGUAGGGAUAAAUUAAUUAUUUGUUGAUACAAUUUUUACCACAUCACUAUAUGCUGUCAUUUUGCAGCUCAUUUCUUUUGUGCUUUUAUAAUUUUAAGAAAACACAAAGCAUUGGGAUUGCUAACUAUCCUUUUCAGGGGAUUAUUGUGAGCAGCUUUUUGGUCAAAUAGCCAUUUGUUCAUCCUGUGGGCAGCUAAGUGAUUAAGUAAAAAUAACGAAUAAAAUUAAUGUUUCAAGUUGACAGCUUAAAUUGCUGUAUUAUCUUUCCAGCUUUGAUUUGGAGACUUAGUAUGUCACUGUCCAUUAAAUGCAGAUUUAUUUGAACACCCUUUCUGAUGUGAAUUUGGAAAAAAAGUUUUUUUAACAGCAUACUUCAUUCUGCAAUGCUGAACAUCACAUUGCAGCCAGUAAACAUUAGCUCUAGUAUUUGUGCUUUGCAGGUGUGUUGGUCUUAAAUACAACAUUUCCAACAUACUUCUGCUAGCUUUAACAUAAUUAAAGUUAUCUGAUUUAACAUCACACUAGUGAGAAAGAAAAUGUUUUCUGACAGAGUAUAUAUUUGCACUACUUAAGAAUACUGGAGUUUACUGGGACAGGGUUUUUUCUCACCAUGUGAGGUUUACUUGUGUGUGGUUAGGUACAUACAUUUGUCACGUGUUGACAAUCAAUUUCCUCAACUGUGUGUAUACUGUAUGUAAAUAUGAACAAAUUUUUCAAGAUCAAGGUGGAAAUCUGCACUGUAAUGGUGGUAAAGCUACUCUGUAGUCACAUGACCCCAACUCUGUCCCUUUUUUGUCUCCGGGUACUGUCUAGUUUGUGUUACUUCUUUAAGAUUAUUAGUGUUCUUGGAAAAUUUUUGCUCCAGGAGAUUUUCCUCAAUAUUUAAUGUAUAACAUGUUCAGAGAAUCAUAUAUUUUGAAAAAUUAAUUUUGGAAUAGAUAAUUCUAUGCUAUGACUAUAUUUUAACCUAAGAUUUUAAACUUGUCUUAUUUUAUGAUGAACCAAUGGCUAUCUCUUUUAAGUGUUCAGCAUUUUAAUUUUGGUCACAAAACAGAAUUAUUUUUUUUUAUCUUGGCUUAAAAAAUUUAAAUUGGUUUGAAGACUGAGAACCAAAAAUAACUUAUUGAGCAAAAUUAUAAAAAUAAAUUAGUACAGACUAGAUAUUCUACUCACAAUCCUGGAGGAGGUGUGGAAAACAUAAUGGAAUGUGUUUGAAUGAAGUGUAUGUACUGCACACAGAACAAAAAGGUAUUUCUGCUGCUAGUAACUAAUAAACACAUCCUUAAAUUCUGCAGUUCUCUGAUUGCCAAAGAUAUUGCUACCUUGGCAUGGUCAAUAUUGCAUUACAGCCAUUAGCCAGGUCUUAUUUGUAACAACCAUUUACGUCAUAGGAAUAGUUUGCAUCAGAAGAGUAAACAUGCCCCUUUAAAAAAUUUAUUUUAAUUUCUUGUUUAGAAUGAUUGCAGGACUAAAAUUACAAAAUAUCACUACUUUCUAAGCAUGAUAAGCAAAGAAGCCAGAUCGUCUGUGCUUGCAUUGCAUUCUUGAUUUAUAUAAAACUGUUCAAUAUUUUAUAUUUUCUUCAGUUUAUAUUUAAAUGCUGUUUGUUUCUAGCAUAUGGGCCUUAAUUUCUUUUGAUUAUUUUUUAGUUUGUUUUCCCACUGGCACUCAGAUAACCUUUGCUAUGAAAAGCCUUUCUGCAGGUGAUUCAGGGUAACAGAUCAUGAUGUGGGUGUUUUGUUAGUGUAUACAUGUAUCAGUCCGUCAAUUUUGUGUGUCAUGACCAGCUGAAGAACCAGAAUACUCACCUGCCUCUUAACACAGUGGUGGAAGAUGAUGGAGAGGUGUGACCAACUUGGUUUGUCAGUAGUUCCUGAAAACAAGCAGUAAGUGGAUUUUGCAAGACAGGUGUAUGAGGAUUUGCACAUAGUGAUUACGAAAUGUUAUUUAAAAUAAAAAAAAUGUUGGAACAAGGUUUUGGGACAUAACAGCUAACCAUUUCAGAUAAACUUGCCUAGUAAGUUUGGCAAGUGUCAAGGCCUGUAACACUGGAAGUUCAGAAGCAAGCUGUAAGACGUCUAAGGGUACCUUACAGCUUCCAAAAAUGGAUUUAACAAAAAUCUAUCCCAUGUUAUUUGUCUAUAUCCAAGAUUUAAUGAAAAAAAAAACAAUUAAAAAAAAAACAAUCCACAAACAAAACCAAAGCAAACAAAAAAACCAAACCAACACAUUUUUGCUUCAGUUUUUAAAUUUAUUUUUCUCUAGGUGACCCCUCUCCCCUGUUUUGUGUGUUGUUUUUUUUUUUUUUACUGUGUUCAUCAGACUUUACCAAAGGUAGUAUCUGAGGGACCAAAUUAAUUUAAUAAGAGUUCCAUAGGUUGUCUCUCCUGUUGUAAAACAUUACUGAGCUAUUCCUGUGAGGAGCUAUUGAUGGGAACAGAUGUAUAGUAAAACUGUACAGUAAAAUCUUGCCCUACAUUUUAGUUUGUGCAUGAUGAACAAAGUGAUGAGAUCAAGUUUUAUUAACCAGUUACUUGGUUAUGAGUUCCCAGUGUUUUACAGUGGGUGAGAUAUAAACAAUUUAGCAUGGAGUAUCUUUGUAUUCUGAUAUGACUAUUUAGAGCAAAUUAAAAUUUGACUCUUGAAAAGAUGAUUAAUCACUCAUGAAAAUGUGAUAUAUAACUCACACAGGUGUUUUUGGUUUUAGAGAGUAAAAUGGUCAGGGGAGAUUUUUUUUUAUUAGGAGUGUUUCCCAGUAAAGUGACUCUGUCGUGCUUUGGCAUGGAAACUUCUGACAAAUAGGUAGUGGAUCCUGUGUCUUCAUCCUCCCCAGAACUGAUCGCAAAACAGAAACAAUAGUACAAAUUAAGGAACUUUUUACUUUUUGUUCUAAAAUAAGGAGGACUUGGGAGUGACAGAAAUAAUGGCUUUUGACACUGUUCUUUCUGUUCAGGCGGUUCUUCUUGUGCUAGACUUUAAUGUCAUAAAUUUAUGAAAAAUGGAAGUAGUAAAAACUUUGUGGCUUCAAGUAUACAGUAGAUGUGAGUUAACAAUCCCUCAGGAUAAACCAACUUGUCAAAGUAUUAAUGGAUACUGAGGUGUGUCUCUGUGCUUUUGUGUUCCAGUGUUCAAUGAUGACUUUGAAACAAGACUUCUUACUGUUUUCUUGCAGAUAAUAAGGACUUUUGGGAUGGAUAUUGAUAGCUGGUUAUUUAUGGAAAAAUACUAUAUGAUGAAAGAAAUUUGAGUCAUUUGACAUUUUUUUUCCAUAUUGAAAAUUCCAGGAAAAAGCUAAUAGAGGUUUAAAAUAAUUAAAUCAGAUACUCUUUAAUACAUUUUAGAUUUACUAUGCUAGCUUUUAUUUGCAGUAAAAAAAAAAAAACCACAACAAAAAUCCAAUAAAUCCAACAACUAAAGUGAGGUACCCCAUGCUGCAUUUUUUAAAAUUUGUAAUUCCUGUACUUUACAAUUAAUCUUUUGAUCUGUUUUUGUCCUUGUAAGAAUACAGGAUACACCAUCGAUUUUACUAGCAAAAAGAAAUACUGUGCAAGGGUUAUACGAUUAUAUUCUUACUUUUUUCUCUCAUGCCAGGUUUGUUUCUGUGAAGUAAGGUUUCUGAGGAUUUUUACUACUUUACCAUUGUGUAAUCUUAUCUCUGUCACAGAAGGAGCAUAAGCAGCAAGUAUCCCAUUUCUUGUGGGCAAAAGGACAGGGAUGGUAGCGUGAGACCCUCUUCACCAGGAUAGCCCUGCAUGCUGGUAUGAACCCCAGCCUUCAAGAGUUGGUACUGGUGAAGGACUAAAACAAAUGGGUUUUUAAUAGCUCUGACCACUGCUGUAUGAUGUCCUUUCACCCUGGGACCAGGGAAAAUCUUAUUUCUUAGACCUGAAGAUGGCACGUAUUGAAGAUCAUGUUAUUGGUGCAUGUAAGCCAUUAUCUUAACCGUCUUAAUGAGCUGGUUAAUGCUGUUGACUGUUGUUGAAAUGUGAAAUGUAGUUACUAUUGACUUUGUAAAUACCUGCCAGAGAUGAAAUAUAAUUAUUUUAAAUCAUUGUAAAUAGAGAUGUAUAAAACUCGACACAGUCUGCAAUGCAGAAAAAAAAUUAUAUAUAUAUAUAAAUAUAUAAAGAUGUUAAAUAAAUAUUGUGCUGUUUCUGAACAGAAA